GAGGGAGUAAAUAAUGACAGAAUUUUCAUUUUUGGGUGAACUAUCCCUUUAAUCAUGAAGCUCUUUGGCAACUUUGUCGCUUUGGACUCUCGCUGCUUUAUAAAGAUUUAAUUGGUUUAACCCACGUGCUGAUCUGAACCAUAUUCUCCACCUGCUCCACUGAGGCGCGUUAUUCCGAGCACUCAGUGCUAUUGUUAGAGGGGUGAUGUAAUUCAACGUGGAUUUGAAGCGGACGAGGACGGAAGAUGGAGAAAGACAGAGAGAUUACUGUGGUCCAGCAGCGCCUAAACUGACAGCUUUGUUUUAAUCGCGCGACUUCUUUAUAAAAUUCUACGAAGGCACGCGAGAUAUAUUUGUAUCUUUGUUUGCAUGCUAUCUAGGAAAACCUGAUGUUUUUUUAAUAAACCUACACCGGACCGCGACUGUAAACCUACAGAAGUCAGCAGCACCGACGCCCCCUCUCCAGCCUCACUGGUUGGCUCUCACUCACCGCAGCUCGUGUUGACCCCCUCUGGACUAGAGAGAGAGACAGGGACAGGGAGAGAGAGAGCGCGCGCGGCUUGUGAUGACAGCUGAGAGAUGAGCGCGGCCAGAUGACCGUGUCAAACACCGACGGUCCCUGGCAAGCAUUCUCUCUACCGUUGUGAUAUAGCCACGUACUGUUUAUUGCGGAGAAAAGGACAUUUGAUCACUUGAUCACUUCAGAGUUGCAGUGAAUGGACUGGAUUGCGUAAGACCGCGCUGUGAUUUCGGAGUUCGAGCUUCUUCGAACGACUCUUCAAACAUGAAUAAUACGAAGAAUCAGCGAGACAGUGACAUCCAGAAGAAGAUCGACUAUGAGAUUCGAAUGCGUGAGGGUGCGUGUAAGCUGCUGGCCGCAUGUUCCCAGAGGGACCAAGCGCUGGAGGCCUCCAAGAGCCUCCUCACCUGCAACGCCCGCAUCAUGGCCUACAUGUCAGAGCUGCAGCGCAUGAAGGAGGCGCAGGUCAUGCAGCGGAUCGCACGCAGGUCUUCUGAUGCAGGUCCAAUGGAUGACCGAUCCCCAUGUAAAGGCAAAGUAGCCAUUUCAGAUCUCCGGAUACCUCUAAUGUGGAAAGACACAGAGUAUUUUAAGAAUAAAGGAGAGCUGCAUCGGUGUGCUGUGUUCUGUCUGCUGCAGUUGGGUGGGGAGAUCUUUGACACAGACAUGGUGAUGGUGGACCGGACGUUGACAGACAUCUGCUUUGAAAACACAAUUGUCUUUAAUGAGGCCGGCCCAGGGUUCGAGCUGCGUGUGGAGCUGUAUAGCUGCUGUUCAGAGGAGGACUACUCAGCAGGCAGCACACCGCGGAAGCUGGCCAGCAAGCUGAGCUCGUCUUUGGGCAGGUCAGCGGGAAAGAAAAUUAGGGCGGGUUUGGAGCCUGGAGCCUGCAGUCCCACCAGCAAUGGAGGAGGAGCGACAAUCCUGCUGCCUGUGCCCUCUGUACCGGGGCCCAAAUAUCAUCUUUUGGCUCACACGACCCUCAAUCUCUCACACGUUCAGGACAGCUUCCGCACACAUGACCUCACCAUCACAGGAAAUGAGGAGUGUUCGUACUGGCUGCCUCUGUAUGGCAGUGUAUGUUGUCGUCUGGCCGCUCAACCUCACUGUAUGACACAGCAGAUGAUGAGUGGCUGUCUAAGGGUAAAGCUUGGAGGUGAGCCACAAGGCUGGACAAAUGUCUAUGGUGUUUUAAAAGGAACAAAUCUCUUCUGUUAUCAUCAAAAAGAGGACAUGGAGGCCAGUGUGGAGCCUGUUUUAACUAUUGGUAUUAACAAAGAGACAAGAAUAAGAGCUGCAGAGAAGGACCCUCAUAGCAAGGCACAGAAUAUCUGUAUCACUAACCAGUAUGGAGGAGAGGAGGUGACGCACACACUAGCAGCAGACAGCAGAGAGGACACACAGCACUGGAUGGAGGCAUUCUGGCAACAGUUUUAUGAUAUGAGCCAGUGGAGGCAGUGCUGUGAUGACCUGAUGAAGAUCGAGCUGCCUUCACCACGCAAGCCUGCCAUAGUCACGCCGAAGCAGGGCUCCCUGUACCAUGAGAUGGUUAUUGACACCUCUGACGACAUUGGAACGGUCACUGACAUCCUGGCACGUCGUAUUGAAGAGUUUGAGCUGAGGACCCACCUCGGAUCUCCACCUCACUGGAUGUCCUUGUUUGAAGAUCCCCCGAGAACCCCCCUCAACCAUCAGCACCUGCCGCCCCACUCACCCAGCCCUCGCCUGCACAGCCGCCAGCCCCGCAGCCCACGCUGUCACCGCACACCCGGCCUUCUCUCCUCCAACGCCAGCCUGACCUCAGACAGCGACAGUCCCGCCAGCGUCAGCCCCUGCUUCCGCCAGGCAUGGUCCCCCGACACCUCUUCCUCCUCCGGUCACUUCCGCCCACGUACCCUCUCCCUGGACGCCAAGCUCUCCACUCUGCGCGGUCGGGGCUACGGUGGCUUCCGGUGCACCUGCCAGCCGCCCACCGCCGGCUCUGUGUCUCCUCGCCCCGCUCAGACUGCUCUGUCCUGCUCCAGCUCCACCUCCAGCAGCAGCUCCAGUGAGGGCAGCAACAGUCAGGAGUCAGACCUGGGCUUCUCUAGACCGUCCAGCGCUCGCCGCAGCCUGAGGAACCUGAGAGCCAAGCUAGACCCCAGGAACUGGCUGCAGAGUCAGGUGUAGCUGUCACACUUCCUCUGGUUACUGUCAGAGCCAUCACAACUUCCUGUGUACCCCUGGAAAAAACUGGAAUACCUGAGGUCAUGUUUGCUCAACAGCUGUCAUUGCAUCCUUUUUACAUAAUAACAGGGAGAGCAACAUUAACUUUUUCUUCUGCCUUUUAAAGGAGCUUCACAAUGGGAACUGAAUAUUAUUAGAUAUAUAAUACACUAUUAAUAUAUAUAUAUAUAUAUAUAUAUAGCAUUACACAUUGUCUCUUCAUGAAAUGCCCAUUAUUUUGGAUCUUUGGAGAGUGUGCUGUUUUCAUGUGAGAGAGAUUCCUGGUACAGUGGUUUUAGACUGAACUGAAGCAGUUGUCCUGGUGUUGUAGGAUCUGAAAAUGUAACUUUUUGACCAGUCAUUGUUUCGUUUUAGAUAUAUGAUUUAGAAGGAACUGUCAGGAUCAAGUCUGUCUCAAGUACUCAUCAUCAAACAUUAAGGCUGGUCAUACACUACCAUUCAAAAGUUUGGUGUCGUGAGAUAUUUUCUCAUUCUUAUUUGUAUUUGAAAAAAAUCUCUUAUGCUCACCAAGGCCAUAUUUAUUUUAAUCAAAAAUAUGUAUCAGAAAAUUAAAUUUAUCCCUGUGAUGGCAAAGCUGAACAGCAUUUAUUUGAAAUAGAAAUAUUUUGUAACAUUAUAAAUGUCUUUACUGUCCCUUUUUAUCAAUUUAAUGCUGAAUAAAAGUUUUUUUUUUUUUUUUCCCCAAGAGAAAUCUUACUGACCCCAAACUUUUGAAUGGAAGUGUAUUUCAGGAUCAAUGAGUUUCAUGGAAACACAGUAUUAAUAAACCUAACAUGUGCAAAUGAGCUUUAAAGGAUAGUUUACCAUGAAAAUUACAAUUCUGUCAUCAUUUACUCAUUUACUCUCAUGUCAUUCCAAACCUGCAUUAAGCCCAAAGUAUACUUCACUUUUUACGCGUACGCAAGGGUCAGCGUACAGUGCGCGUGACGGGAAUUUCGUCAUCAAUUUCAUACUGUAUGCGCACCGCCGGAUUUUUGCUUUUUUUUUUUUUUUUUGCAGUAUUUACAUGGGUUGGAACUCGUGGUGAGAGAUUGCUCAAAACUGCGCAUGUGUUGAACGCCUGUGUACGUGUACUUGUACGAGUCAAAAGAAGUGGGCUUCACUUUGUUUCCUCUGUAAAACAUAUUUUGAGAAAUGUCUCAUUGUUUUCUUCCAUACAGUGGAAGUCAGUAGUAACCAAAACUGUUUGGUCACCAACAUUCUUCAAAAUAUGUUCUUUUGUGUUUUACGUAAGAAAGUCAUACAGGUAAAUAAUAUAAAUACAUGCGAGUAAAUGAUGAGUUUUUGGGUGAACUAUCCUUUUAACACUGAUGAAUUUCACUUUAUAAAUAAGUGCCACUGCAUCUUAAACACCAACCUGCAAGUUACUUUCUUUCAAGGCGCACUCAAGUCGUUUUUGUUGAUGUUGUGUUAAAUGGUCGCUUUGGACAUAUACUGACAUCUUGUGGUAUGGAGACAGUUUCACAAAUCAACAUUUUUCAUUAGGAGAAAUGCUAACAGUCAGCUACGAGAUAUUUCUUCUUUGGCAAAUGCAUCUAAUAACAGGAGGGUUACUGAGUUAAAGCGAGCAUAGUAAUAUUGCAGGUCAUGUGAUCUUAACAUGGCUGCCCCCAUAAUGUGACCUGCUCCAUAUAAAAUAAAUCAGCUUUUGUUAGGUGAAUAUUAACAAGACUGGAGUCUUCAUCUCAUGUGUGUAUACGUGAUUUGAUGCAUUUUUUCAAUAGUACUAUCAUUUCUUUUUAUGACAUCUGAGUGCAUCUUUAACCUACAGUAUGUGUAUAAUAUCUGCUACUAUCUGUCUGUUAGUUCAUAAAAUUUUCCUUGCGUGGCUUCAAUAUAUAUGCAAAGGUCCAGACAUCUCAAGUCUCUGUAUUCAGGUUUAUAAUGAUGGGAUAUAAUGUGACUCCGUUUACUACCUGUGACUGUGAUGACCUCAGGAUUACUGUACAUACCUUAUCACGCUCUGCAAAUGUGAACCCCCACAAGUCAUAAAAAGUAAAAAAAAAUCAGAAUGCACAUUAACCAGUAUUCAGCACAAGCAAUGAAAUAUGGCUGAUAGUUGAACGUUUUGGGUGUUUUGUUUUGAGCCAUUCUGAUUGAGAACGGUUGCAAAGGCUCUACUAUGCAAAGCUACAACAGCUUAAAGUUAAUUGUGUAUUCUAGAUUUCGUUUACAUAAGCGGUACAUGCAUUAUGUUUUCCUUUUCCUUGUUGGCUUGCAGGUCAGUUUUGUCAAGCUUCUAACUGCUGAAUUUGAGUGUUUCAGGUCAUAGCGUAUCUUCCAGAUCAGACAAACUGUGUAUUUGCCUGAAGACUAUUAUAUUAGCAAUAUUUACAAAAAUUAAAGACUAGUUCGAUAACUAUUAUUGUGAUUUAAAACCUCAGGAGUGAAGUUACAGUCCAUCUUGCCAUAAAAAUAUUAAACAGACAAGUUAAUAGCUUUUCUGUAUUGCGGAAAACAUAUCUGCACACUAUAUUAGGUAUCCAAACGUGUAUUAUAUUUUGAUCUUUCAUUUGAGAUAAAAAAAGAAAAAGAAAAAAAUCAGAUGGAGGCAUGUUUUCUUUAUACCGAUUACAUGUAUACUGUGUAACAAAUAUCAGAAACUAACUUUUCCUCUUAAAUUCAGAAGUAGUAGAGAAAAGUUUUGUCCUAGUAACUAUGACACUACAAAACUAACAGUUCUCAAGCCGUCAAAGGGCCACUGACAUGUAUUUAAAAACUGUAAAUUCAUUCAAACACUAUUUGUUAUUGUAAAGUUUUGUAAUUUUCAUUUUGUGCUUUUAUUAAAGUUGUAUUUUACCAUAUUAAUUUUUGUUAUAAAUAAAAUUAUAUUGACAUUCUAUCAGAUGAGUAAAGCUCUAACUAUCCUUGUAGAGAACACUGAUUGUUAACUCGGAGGUAAGUUUCAUUUCAGCCGGUUGUCUGCAUGUCUUUGGACAAAUCACUAAUAGAUUCAUGUACAACCAUUUAUUGUAAAAAAAAUUACCUAAAUUAAAAGUAAACAGCA